AAAUUCAUCCCCCCUUUUUCACUUUGCAUUUUUUCGCCAAUCUAAUUUGCACUUAUUUCCACAAUUUUUUUAGUUUUUUAUCCAUGGCUGCUCAGCUUUACAAGACCGAGACCGGCCAGCUCUUCCAUGCCGGGUCCAUCGUCAUCAUCAACGUGGGGCUUCCGGCGCGCGGCAAAACCCACGGAUCUCGCUCACUGAUCCGCUACAUGAACUGGCUCGGGGUCAAGUCCAAGUCCUACCACAUGGGCCAAUAUCGGCGCCGACUCUACGGCACGGAAAUUUCCCCAGACUACUUCGACCUGGGCAAUGCCGAAAUGGCCGACGCACGCAUGCGCGCCGAAGAUCUAUGCAUCCAAGAUAUUGUCACGUACUUGACCGUUGGUGGCGGCCAACUGGCUAUCUUUGAUGCGUCUAAUUUGCAGGCGGAGAGGCGUCGGCGGAUCUACCGUCAUUUUGAACUGAGCAAGAUUAGACCGUUGUUUGUAGAGUAUAUUUGCGAGAACGAGGCGAUUGUCGAGGAGAAUAUUCGCAAGGUUAAGAUAUCGUCGCCAGACUAUGUCACGUUGGAUGCCGAUUCAGCUGUGGUGGACUUUAAGGAGCGGAUUGCGCGAAUGGUCCCGUACUACGAGACAGUGGAGGACAAGGACUUGAGCUACAUCAAGCUGUAUAAUGUGGCGGAGCACUUUGAAGUGAACAAUAUUCGCGGGUAUUUGCAGUCACGCGUGGUGUUUUAUCUGAUGAAUCUGCAUAUUUCAGACCGCACUAUUUACCUGGCACGCAGCGGGGAGUCGAUCAAUGAGGGAUCGUAUAAGGCGGAUGCGCCAUUGUCGGAGGCCGGCCAUCUGUAUGCGCAUAAUCUGCAGGAGGCUAUUUUGCGCCGGAUCCGCAAGCGCAACGAGGAGACCUUGGCGAAGACUGGCGUGGAUAUGUCGCGGCGCACGCUGAAAGUGUGGACGUCAACGCAUGUGAAGAGCUACCAAACUGCAGAGUACUUUGCAGCCCACGAGCAUGUGCGCGUCAGGCGUCGGAUGCUGCUGAAGGGGUUGAACCCGGGGGUCUGCGAAAAUAUGUCCUUGGAGGAGGUCAAGGCUAGGUUCCCCGAGGAGUAUCAGGCGUAUUUGCUCGAUCCUUACCACCAUCGGUAUUCAUUGGCCGAAUCCUACCAUGAUAUUUCCGUGCGCUUGGAGCCAGUUAUUUUGGAGCUAGAGAGGGAGCAGGACGAUAUACUUAUUAUUGCCCCAGAGUCUGCGCUUAGGUGUAUUUAUGCCUAUUUUGCACCUGAGGGGCUGCCAAAUUCGCUGAUCCCCACUUUGGCUUUCCCCAGAUCUAUCUUUGUUGAGCUCAAGCCGACCGCAUACGGAUGCAAGGAGCGCAGGGUCGGAAUUAGCCCUUCGGCGGUGGUGCCGGCGAACAGUGCCAGCAGUGCCAGUGCCAGCGAGGAGGAAGAGGUCAAGUUUGUUUGAUUUUUAUUGUUUGAAUUACAAGGCAAUAUAUGUGUUAGCAGAUACCGGAGCCCUUCUAGGAUGAAUGGGCCUCUGAUACUGCUAUGACGCUUGAGAGUCCCCAUUAGCGUGGGGAUGUGCGGGUGGCGCGAGAUGGUUGUUUACGAAAUAACAGAGGGCCAAGGACUUACCAGCUAAAGGGUGCUGAGGGGCAUGUAAAAUAAAUAGAAAAUAUAAUAAUAAAAAGAGCGAUAAGCGACGACAGAUGAGUGGCAAAAUGUAAUUGUUUUAUAUACCAAUUUCCUGCUCUUUCGACUGGUAAUAGGCGCCACUACCAUUGCUCAUGAUAUCAGCAGCCAACAGGUCAUUUACAAGCAGCAAUGAUCUAUAGCUGACAGUUCUAUCUACUAUACACGAUGAGCUGAAUAGAUGUAAAUAUUGACAUUAAAAUAAAC